AUGGCUCGUCGGGCUGCAGCCGCUACCAAGUCCGCACGCUACGGCUUGGGUACGGCAUGCAACUAUGGCCACUUGGGGUCUGCGUGGACGGGGAGUUGGCUCGAUUUACGGCUGGGGAGGCGUCAUAUGCCGUCCUCGGGAGUGCUUCUGGCUGAAUUCGGGGAGGCGUUCUUCUGGGUAGCCAUCGGACCGGAGCGAUUCCAUCGUCGGUUUCCCCCAGAUCGGCGUUGGGGUGCGGGCGAUGAAGCGGUCGGAGGAGGAUGGACGCCGUCGGUUCCUCGGACGCGAAGCGCGCGUCGCUGUGGGAGAGGGGCAGUGCCGGGCAGUGACACCGUGCGUGGACGAGGUGGGCAGGAGGAUUGGCAGGGAGCAAGUGUCCGGAUGGGGGAGACUCGAGAAAGCGAAAACUCGAGUUAA